UAGCCAUUCUCAUUGUGAAGUUGUAAACACAACGUUAAAAACAGCGCAAUAUUUUUAUAGGGUACUUCAAAUGGGGUAGUUUUAAUGGUUGUACCAUUUAUUUCAAAUAUAAUUAUUUAAUAUUAUAUUGGUUAUUGAAGUUAAAGUUACAUAUAGGCUACUAGUAAUACUCAAGAACUGGAAAUUGACAAUCAAACUUACAAUGUUAAUAUUAACAUAUUGUUUUGUAGGGGCUGUUUACUUUUCUUGCUUGCUCAGUGAUUAAUUACAGAAAAUCAAUUUUAAAUCUAAAAUAUUACUUCUGUGGUUAUCACUAAACAUACCUUACAAAACAUGGCCAAAGUUGUUCUACAGCAAAAUUCAAUGAAAAAAGAUACAAUGCAGUUCUUAUCUGGAAAAAAUACAUGGUGUUACACUGUUGUUACAACUUCUGUAAUGUUAAUUGUGUACUUCAUCCUUUCAAUAGGAUUGACAUUUUACCAAAGAUGGUUGUUGCAGAAAUACCACUUCCCCUUGUCCGUAGUUGUGUGUCACCUCAUUAUCAAGUUCUGCUGUGCAAGUAUAUUUCGACAAAUAUGGCAGUGUGUGUACGAACGGAGGAGGGUGUCUGUAGAUAUAAAAAACCAUGUGUUCAAAAUUGCGCCUAUAGGAUUUGCGAGUGGUCUCGACAUUGGAUUUUCCAACUGGGGCAUAGAACACAUUACCGUCUCUUUAUAUGUUAUGACAAAGUCAACAACAAUCAUCUUCAUUUUAGGAUUUGCAUUGCUAUUCAGUCUCGAGAAAAAGUCUUGGCACAUUGUGGUCAUUGUGGCGAUGAUCUCCGGAGGUCUUGGGAUGUUUACAUAUAAAGCCACCCAGUUUGAUCUCUUUGGAUUCCUUCUAGUCUUAUUUGCUUCAUUCUCCAGUGGUUUACGUUGGACUUUGACGCAGUUUGUGAUGCAGAAGGCGGAGUUGGGGCUUCGCCACCCGAUGGACAUGUUGUAUCACGUCCAGCCGUGGAUGAUGAUAUCAGUCCUGCCACUAGCUCUAGUCGUUGAAGGAGGAGAUUUGAUAGCAGACUUUGAGAAGAGGAGCUGGCCAGCUUUAUCUCACUCACUGUCACUUGUUGUCGGAGGAGCGUUUAUUGCGCUCGCUAUGGAGCUCAGCGAGUACUUAGUUGUAUCUCAGACUUCCAGCCUGACACUCUCCAUCGCUGGCAUAUUCAAGGAGGUGUGCACGCUGAUCUUAGCAGUUGAAUGGAACGGAGAUCAGCUGACGCUUAUAAACUGUGUCGGACUGUUGUUCUGUCUCGGAGGGAUCAUAUGCCAUGUGGUCAACAAAGCUAUUUCAUCAGCUGCUCAACACAAGCCUACCACCCUGCACAAACCUCUGCUCGACCAGGCUGCACAGUUUCUCGCAGAAGACACAAGCUCCGAGGACGAGAGCCGCCAAGAAGACUCCUCGACGGAAGUGCUGUUUAGUGUUCUCAACAGUCGAAACAGAUAAUGAGUGUGAGGUAGUCAAAUCAUUCCAAAACAAAAUGUGUUCCUCUUGUGUGCAAAAGCUUGGUUGUGAUUUUGUUUGUCUUGUUUUUACUUAUUUAACAAUUAAUUUUGCUUUAAGUUUAUGGUACGUUCUCUUUUGCAAUAUCAAUUUUCAAUAGACAUAAAAGAAGGUGACCAUUCAAACUGAUGUAAAUUACAACAAUAUUAUGGUCCAUGGGGUAAAACCGUUUCAUAUUACCAGUAAUUUGAACCGACGUUUUGGCUUCAUUGCAGUUGGCCAUUUUCAAAGUCGUAAUGACAAACUACUACCAAGUAGUAGUUGAAACGUCAGCUAUUUAAAGUUACCAAUAUGACUCGGAUCUACCCCGAAGACCGUGAUAUUUUUUUUUAUGGUACCAGUGGAAGCCUUAAGAUUCUACUACUUAAAGAGCGGGUUAAAAAUAUUCUUAGUAGUUUUACUCUGGCUCAGGGAUGGGAGAUUGAAAGACGAAAAGAGUUUGGUUCUUCAAAGCUACUGUAAAAAACAUUAACAACAACCAACUGUUAAUGAUCUGAAUUAGGUCGUUCAUUUUUCUAUUUUAUACAAAUAUCUUUAGUAGGCCUAUUUCAAUCAGCUAGAAAACGUUGAGAUUUAAAUUUUUUUAGAAACCAAUCAAUACCUUAAAAAAACAUACUUAAAUGGUGUGAAAGCCAAAAUAUAAACAUAAAACAAAAUAAAAAAAUAUGACUUCGACAUUCCUCGGUACUUAAGUUAUCUCUAUGUGAAAUUAAAUCUAAUUUGCUCAUGUAGAUUUUGUGAGAUGGAAAGACAGACCUCUCAUUUUAUUACUGACACAUAAACCUGCCCAUGUUUUGGGGAUUACAUUAGAUUGUGAAACAGAAACGUAUUGUUUAAGGAGAAAAGAUAUUGAUACUGCUAGGUGAAGAAAAAACAGCCAACUACGUAGAACAUUGUGUGAAUUGACCAACUGUAGUCAUUUCUAAAUUUUUUGUGUUGCCAGUUGUAGUCUUUUGUUGAAAUGAUUCAAUGAUUGUCUUAUGUUCUUUCAUACCCUUGAACGAUCCUUAACACGUUCGCUACUGAGCGUCGCAUAUAUGCGACGCCGCGGUCAUUGCCACAGACCGAGAUAUACAUUUCAAUCUUACACAUAGACCGGCUGUCACUUGGAUAACAGUACACACAGACCACGGGCGAAAACCUGUAAAACAGUGAUAAUUUACAUUGUAAUACGCUACAAUAGUGUUUGUAAAUAAAUUGUUCUUGUUUUUUUGUAUUUUUUAUAACCUUUUGUAAUGUCGCAUAUUUGCGACGCCCGGUCUACAGUGAAAACAAUAGUGAAAAUUAUCAUAGUUUUCUUGAAAUAGACUAAACGUCGCAUAUAUGCGACGGCUCAUUUUUUGUGUUUUAAGGUGAAAGUAAGUAAAAAAAUAAACAGAUUAUUCAAGAACAGUUUAUAACUGAACAAAUAUAAAAGCUACAUAGGAUAAUGCAGCAUACAUACAUACAGUGAUGCAUAAAAGUAAAGACCAGUUUUUCCUACUAUCAUAUGACGUCACCAAUCAUCAUACCCACAGACCAAGCGACGCAGUUGUGCGUCAGACAUCUCUGUAGACCACUGCAGGGAAUUCAGUGCCUUCAAAUAGACCACUACAAAGAUAUAAGCAUUUUAAUAACAUUAGAACCCCGACGCAAAUAUGCGUCGGCAGUCUAUUUUAAUGUGACUAGCCGUCGCAUAUAUGCGACGGCAGUCUAUGGGUAGAAACCGGCCGUCGCAUAUGUGCGUCGCUGGUCCAUGUGAAUGGAAAAUUUCGUACUAUUGCAGUAGCGAACGUGUUAAGAUUUAUUUACAAUAAAAGGGUAAAAUAAAGGUUAACCGGGCAUUGCUGAAACGGCCGGAAAACUAAAGUGAUAAAUGCACAAAACUUAAAUUUUGACAAAAUUAUACAACAGUUUGGCAAGCACACCAGUUAGCAGUUUGACCUACCAUACUUAAACAUGUUACUUCUCCUUUAUUUUAAAUAUUAAAAUAAAGCACCCCCCGGCGCUUAAAAUAAAGUACGGCGGUGCCUGUGUGAAGAUUGUCCAACCAAAAAUUACUUAUUUAUAUAACAUUUACCUCUAAAUGAAUGUAGGUAUUGUAAAUAGAAAUGUUUUAUACAUUUGAAAUAGUACUGUAGUUAGAAAAUGAAAUCCUAAUCCUUAACAUUCCUCGAAUUUAUUUAUGGAAGUAGUAUUUAUUAAUUUAUUUUAUGUGCAUUUUAAAAUCCAAUUGUACUGUGUUUUAUACUUGUUUUAAAUAUUUUAUUUUCAAUCUUCGAAUUUUAAUGUAUUAUUAUUAUUGUUAUAAUUAUUUUAUGAUGUGAAUUUUAUAAUUUUUGCUGUGAUAUGUAUUUAAAAUAAAUAUAGAAAGUGUAGAUAUUU